UAUAUAUCGAUUCCAGCCAACGAUGACACUAUGACUUCAAUUCGAUUGAUUCUUAACAAAUUAGUAUUUUCAAUUUGUGAGGGCCGUUCUCUCUAUAUAAGAAAUCGUUGAUUAAGAAUAUAUAGUGAAUUCUUGGGCAACUGCGUAAAUUUAUGGAAUCACUUACUUUACUAUAUCUUUUUUUUGCAUAGAUUUUUUUUGCAUAGAAAAAAGAAGGGGAAUAUUGAUAUAUAUUAGAGGGUAUUGAUAUAUAUUAUGAUCUGAUGUGCUUUCUUGGUAUCCUAAAUAUAAGAUUAAUACUUCAAUUUGCUGAGUUGAGAAAGAGAUGGUUGAAUCAAAAGAAUUCCUUUUUUGACGUUCAAUUUUUAUCACAGGACAAUAUGAAUAUUAUACCUUAUUCCAAUAAAACACUCAAGGGGUUAUAUGAUAUAUCGGGUGUAGAAGUAGGCCAACACUUCUAUUGGCAAAUAGGAGGUUUCCAAACUCAUGCCCAAGUACUCAUCACUUCUUGGGUCGUAAUUACUAUCUUGCUAGGUUCAGUUGUCAUAGCUGUUCGGAAUCCACAAACCAUCUCGACCGACGGUCAGAAUUUUUUUGAAUAUGUCCUUGAGUUUAUUCGAGACUUGAGCAAAACUCAGAUUGGAGAAGAAUAUGGUCCCUGGGUUCCCUUUAUUGGAACUAUGUUCCUUUUUAUUUUUGUUUCGAAUUGGUCAGGUGCUCUUUUACCUUGGAAAAUUAUAGAGUUACCCCAUGGGGAAUUAGCAGCGCCCACGAAUGAUAUAAAUACUACUGCUGCUUUAGCUUUACUUAUGUCAGCGACAUAUUUUUAUGCUGGUCUUAGCAAAAAAGGAUUGAGCUAUUUCGAGAAAUAUAUUAAACCAACUCUAAUCCUUUUACCAAUUAACAUCCUAGAAGAUUUCACAAAACCAUUAUCGCUUAGCUUUCGACUUUUCGGGAAUAUAUUGGCAGAUGAAUUAGUCAUUGUUGUUCUUGUUUCUUUAGUCCCCUUAGUAAUCCCUAUACCGGUCAUGUUUCUUGGAUUAUUUACAAGCGGUAUUCAAGCUCUUAUUUUUGCAACAUUAGCCACACCCUAUAUAGGUGAAUCCAUGGAGGGUCAUCAUUGAAUUGACUCUUUUUGGAAAUAGUAAUUUUUUUGCAGCUUAGCUCAAUUCAUGCAUGGUUCCAGAUAAUCUGCUUGGUUGCAAAAAAAAUAGUUAGAAAUGCGUAUGAAUAUAUAGCCUAGAGUUGUAGGAGAGAGAAUAGAAUAGACUAUAUUAUGGAAUUUUCAAAGUAUAUAUGCAUUAAGGAGGGUGGAGUCAGGCUAGAUCUAUACUAUAAUAUCCUUAAUGUCUAUAAGUGGAGUCCUCUUUUAUGCAGGUUUCCACUUUAAGCAAUGAUAUUUUAGAAUCCGAUUCAAUAGAAAAUGAGAAAAUAUGCAAACAAAAUAGAAGAAACAAAUGUAUAUAUAUAUAGGAUAUUAUAUUAUAUAUUCCUAGGUUAGAUUCAUUAUCUAAUCCGAUAUAUGGAUAUGGAAUUCCUUUCUAUGUAGUUCGGACAAUUCACAUUAUCAUUUCAAUUUGAUUUCAAUUAUUACUUUUUAGUUACUUUACUUCUCCCCAAUAGAGCUUAGAAGUAAGAAUUUAUUGGUUGAUUGUAUCCUUAACCAUUUCUUUU